GAAAAAUGGAAUGAAUCAUAAUAAUACUGAAUAUUGAUAACUCGACAGUCGUCUCGACUCUCGACUGAAAAGUGGAAAGACAAAACUUAAUCCGGAUGUUUAAAAGAUAUUUUAAAUUUUUAAACACUGACUUGUUUAAUGUUUUCGGGCAGAAUAAACAGUAAACUAAUAUCUCAAAAAUGGCUUGCAGCUCAUUAACACCUAAUGUGUUCAUCUCAGAACUCGAUCAGAUUAUGAACAUCUUGGAACGAGGCACAAUCGUCACACGAUUUUAUUUGAAGAAACGGCCUGAGAAACGAACACUGAAGCUACGCAAGGAAACACGACAGAUUCUCUGGUCAAGGACAAGCAGUAGCAACAAUAAAACCUUUGAUGGCUCUUUGGACCUCAAAGAUGCCAAAGAAGUACGUUGUGGUAGAAAUAGUAAAGAAUUUGAUAGAUGGCCUGAUGAAUUGAAGAAAUUUGAAGCGUCCAAAUGCUUUGUCAUAUUUUAUGGCAACGAAUUCAAAUUGAAAACUCUGUCCAUUGUUGCAUUAUCUGAACAAGAAUGUGAACUAUGGAUCAAAGGCUUAUAUCAUCUUGUAAAUGAUACUGUCUGUGCUCCAUAUCCAUUGCAAGUUGAAAGAUGGCUGCGUAAAGAAUUUUAUAUUAUGGAAAAUUCAAGGGAAACAGUGACAUUGAAAGAUGUAAAAUCUUUUUUUCCUCGUGUUCAUUGCAAAAUUUCAACCAGUAAACUACGAGAAUUGUUUCAAGAAGUCGAUACCAGGAAGCGUAAUGAGCUUAAUUUUGAUGAGUUUGUCACUCUCUAUAAUAAGCUUGUCUAUAAUUCAGGGAUUUUCAAUGAAUGUUUUUCAAUGUAUUGUUCAGCUGACGACACAUUCAAUGUUCAAAAUCUAACUAGGUUUCUGAACGCUGAGCAAGAAAGUUUAUGUCUUGAAGAAGAAGUUGUUGCUAAACACAUGAAAGAAUAUUUCAAGUAUUGUGGAAGAGAUUUAAACGAUAAGCUACAAUUUACCUCAACUGAUUUUAUGGACUAUUUGUUUUCAAAACAAAAUGAGAUAUGGGAUCAAUAUUAUGACAAUAUAUUUCAGAACAUGACAAAACCACUUUCACAUUAUUGGAUAGCAUCUUCUCAUAAUACCUAUUUAACUGGCGAUCAAGUAUCUAGUGAAAGUUCAAUUGAGGCAUAUGUAAGGUGUUUACGCUGGGGAUGUCGCUGUAUAGAAUUAGAUUGUUGGGAUGGACCAGACGGACUGCCAAUAAUAUACCAUGGGCAUACAUUAACCAGUCGUAUAAAAUUUUUAGACGUCCUAAAAACGAUUAAAGAACAUGCUUUUAUUGCUUCACCGUAUCCAGUUAUUUUGUCAAUAGAAGACAACUGUUCAAUACCACAACAGCGAAAUAUGGCAUCAACUAUGAUUGAAGUAUUAGGGGAUAUGUUACUUACACAACCAGUUGACCGGAAUGAAAAUAAAAUGCCUUCCCCUGAACAACUUAUGUAUAAGUUCAUAAUAAAACAUAAAAGACUUCCAGAAAAAGUUAAUGGAGACCAAGCUGUCACAAUUAGACAUAACGAUGAUUCUAAGGACACUGAUUUAAGAAACACAAAAAAAAAUGGAGUACUUUAUCUAGAAGAUCUAUUGGAAAAAGAAUGGAGACCUCAUUUUUUCGUACUGUCUGGUAAUAAGCUUUAUUAUACAGACCUCUGUAAAUCAGAUAUCGAUAAUGAAGAUGAAGCAGAUGGAGGAGAGUUAGAAAUUAGUGAUGUAUCUAGUGCAAAUCGAUUGAGAGAAGGUAUACCUAAUGAUGAAUUACAUUUUGGAGAAUACUGGUUUCAUGGAAAAUUAGCUCGUGGUAGAAAUGAAGCUGAAGAACUAUUGAAACAAUAUCAGCAUUUUGGAGCCGGUACAUUUCUAGUAAGACAAAGUGAUACAUUCAUUGGCGAUUAUUCCCUAUCAUUCUGGCAUCUAGGUAAAGUAAACCACUGCAGAAUACGUUCAAAGCAUGAUAGAGGUCAAAUAAAGUAUUAUUUGAUAGAUGGUGCUGCAUUUGAUAGUUUAUAUAGUUUAAUAACUUAUUAUCGUACAUAUCCAUUACGUAUACAAGAAUGCUAUAUUAUUUUAAAUGAACCUGUACCUCAGCCUUUAAAGCAUGAAGGGAUGAGUUGGUAUCUUCCUCAUGUUUGUAGAAGUCGAGCAGAGGCAUUAUUGCGACGAGUACCACAAGAAGGUGCAUUUUUGGUGCGACCAUGUGAAAAUGACAAACGUCUUUAUGCUAUUUCAUUUAGAGCUGAAAAGAAGAUUAAACACUGUCGCAUUAAACUUGAAGGGCGAUUGUACACUAUUGGUGUAAAACAGUUUGAAAGCCUAGUGGAACUUAUAAAGUAUUAUGAACAAAAUUAUUUAUAUAAAAAAAUUAAACUAUGGUUUCCUGUAAAUGAAGAUAUUGUACAAAGAUUGGGAACUGACAUCGAUGAUUCUUCUAUUUCAAGUACACCUGGUUAUAUGGAUCCGAGUAGUUUCAUCAAGAAGGUUACUGUGAAAGCAACAUUUGAUUACGAGAGCCGACAAGAUGAUGAAUUGUCAUUUUGCAAGCAUGCUGUAAUUACAAAUGUAGUGAAACAGGACAGUGGUUGGUGGCGUGGUGAUUAUGGUGGAAAACGACAACAUUGGUUUCCCAGUAACCACGUAGAAGAAUUACAAGAGGCACACAUAGAAAAAUCUGACAGCGGUUCAACAGAGUCUAUGUUUUUGGGAAAUUCACAAAAAGGGAGUUUAGACUUAACUGGCGCUUUAGUUGAGAUCGGCAAAUUAAAUCAACUGAAACUUGAGUGGAUGAUCAAAAUACAAACCUCUAAUGCAUGCACCCCAUUCGUUGUAGGUUCAGUGUCACGAGAACAAGCGGAAGAAUGGAGAAAUCUUAUUAUAGAAACUGCCCAUAAUGCCAGUGCAAGAGAAACAGAAAAUAAAAAAAUGGAAAGGCAGUUAAAAAUUGCCAAAGAAAUAUCUGAUCUUAUUAUUUAUUGUCGAUCAGUGGCUUUUUGUCUAGAAACACAACGAGAACGUGGAUUUGUACACAAUGAAAUGUCUUCUUUUCCCGAAAAUAAAGCGGAAAAACUUAUGUGUCAUCAAGAAAGCGUAUUCUUCUUUCGUUAUCAUCAAAUUCAAUUUAGUAGAGUAUUUCCAAAAGGUCAACGCAUUGACUCCUCUAAUUAUUCGCCAAUAGCUAUAUGGAAUACAGGAUGUCAGAUGGCUGCUCUUAAUUACCAGUCACCAGAUAAAUCAAUGCAAUUAAAUCAAGCCAAAUUUCGUUUAAACGGUGGUUGUGGCUAUGUUUUAAAACCAGAUUAUAUGUUAGACGAAAGUGAUAAACUCUCAACAAAUUGGAUGGAAGAGACAUUAUCACUAACAGUUUGUAUUAUUGCUGGUCGACAUGUUGGUAGACCAGGUCGUAACGGAAUUUCUAAUCCAUUUGUUAUUGUUGAGGUUUACGGAGCUGAAUACGAUUCAGGAUUAAAAUUAAAUACACGCACAAUACCUGAUAAUGGAUUUAAUCCAGUUUGGAAUGAAACUUCUGAAUUUGAAAUUGCAAAUCCUGCAGUUGCAUUUAUUAGGUUUGUGGUGAAUGAUGAAGAUAUGUUUGGUGAUUCAAAUUUCAUAGGACAAGGAACAUAUUCGAUAAUUUCAUUGAGGUCAGGCUAUAGAAGUGUUCCAUUAAAAAAUGGCUAUUCUGAGGAUAUUCCUUUGGCGUCUCUCUUAGUACAUAUCACAAUUAGAAGUAAUACUGUUAGCAAACCAAACAAUAAUUUUUUUUUUAAAUCUAUUCAAAGUUAAUUAUUUUGAUCGUAUGUUAAGUAAUAAUUGCUAAUCGGCUAUUUAUAGACUUUUCAUUUAAAUGAAUAAUAAAAAUUAACUGCCUUUCAUUGUAUGUAAAAUAUUUUACAUAAAUAUAUUUAGUAAAUGAGAUGCAAUUUUAUUCCAAUGUUUAAAAAAAAAAAUGUUGUUUACUAUUAUAGUUAGAACUGUUGAUUAAAAAUAAUAUUUUAUUGUAAAUAAAUGUGUGAAUCGAUAAAACACCAGUACAUCUUAAAAUUGAUAUUUUUCGAAAUUUUAAAAUAAUUUAAGGGGUUUUAUAUAGGCAAUUUUAUGAACUUUAAUGUAUAAAAAAGUUUUAAUCAAAAACUAGUUUCUUAUAUUUUUAUAGACAUUUCGGUUAUAAGUUAGUAUCACUUGUUUUUUUAUGUUAUCUAAAUAUAUAAAUAUUGGUUGUAGUAAAUUGUUGUAAACCAAUAUAUAUUUUUUUAUUAGACUGAACUUUUUCAGUUAUUUAUUUUAUGUGUUUAUCAAGUAUCAUUUGUAGAAAUAAAAAUAAAAAUUACAAUAUUUUUAUUUAAAAUAUUAAUAAAUAUAAUACAUACUAUGUAAGACAAAUGAGACCAGUAAACAAAUUAAAUAUUAAUAUUAUUCAACUUAAACCAUUCUAUGUUCUACAUCUGAUAAAAAUGAUACUGUGUUUGUCAGCUUAAUUCAGCUAUUGAUAGCGCCUUUUAGAUAUUACUACAAAUUAUUAUUUCACAUAUAGUUACAUGUCACUAAUUGUAUUGCAAUCUUACCUUGUAUGUUUAUCUACCUAAUUGUACAAAGGGUUCGGGUCAUAUAUUUCAUAAUAGAUAAAUAAAAUAUUAUUAGCAAUAUAUGAAUGAUAAAAUCAAAAUUGCAAACUGUGAAAAUAUAAAAAAUAUAAUAACCCAACUAACCUUUUGUAAGUUAUUUUAAAAUGGUACAAAGAUGUGUGUACACUGUACUAUGUUAACAUUAUGUUCAUAUAUUAUAGCUUUAUAUUGUAUAUUAUUUAAUUGAUUUAGUUAAUUUAAGUUUUUACAAAUAGUGUUUUAUAGUUUUUGGUAUUUUUAUAAAAAAUAUAAGGUAAUAGGCAAAAUAUAUAUUUAUGUUCUAUUUAUAAAAUUUAUCAAAUAUAUUGAUUAUUAUAAAUAUUAUUAUUAUCUGUUAAAUAAAAAUUAUACAUAAAAUAUAUUUUAUCUUACGCUUAAAUAUACUAAGCCUAUUUCUAUCCAAAUUGUUUUUAUUGUAAACAAUUUAUUAUUUUUGUUUGUAUUAAAUGUUGAUUAUAAUGGAUAGACAUAUAAGUAUAGUAUUAUUUUAAUGUUUUAGGUCUAUUAAUUAUUCAAAUGAGCAUGAUCAAAACGAAUCACAAAAAAAAAUAUUUUAUUAAGAAUUAUUUUGUGUUUAAUUUAUUUAAUACUUUUAUUACAUAAUAUAACAUAUUUUGUUCUAUUGUAUUAAUAAUAUAUUAUAACAAAACUUUUAUCUAUCUAGUGGAAUGUAGUCCAAAGAAAAUAAUUUAAAUAAUAUUUGUUCUUGAAUAUUAAAAAUAUUUUAGUCUUCUUACAAGUAAGUGUUGCUGCAAAGUUAUUACUUUUAUAAUUUGUUUCAACUAGGUUAGGGUACUCAUUUUUUUUGUGUAACAAAAAACUCGAAAACUCUGGCAGCAACUCUCUAUGCAAAUGUUAUGGGAAAUGUGUCACUUUACCCGGUCCAUGCAUAUUGAUGUUUUUGGUCCAUUAAAAUAUUAUUUCUCCCAAUCAAUCAAUAAAUGUAUACAUUGCACAGUUAA